AUGGCUGACCAAGGUCCGCGACCAGAAGUCAAGGAAGAGGCAGUAGCUCUGCUGCCCAAUGAACGGCGCCCUGGGCAGCGGCUGGAGGUAGUACUUCCUCUUUGGAGGGACCUCUGUCGAGCGAGGGCUGCUCGCGCUCAGUCUGAGCAAGCGCAUGCUACUCGCCUAGAGGAACGAGACGAGGAGAACGCAAAGUUCGGCGUAGGCCUCCUCAUAGACGAACACCAUCCACCGCAAGGAGAUCUCCGUGCAGCAGUCGAGGAAAUGAAGAAUCCAGACAUCAAGAUAAAAGAAGAGCUCUUGCUGAGCGACAAUUUCCUCCUGAACGCUCUCACCUGGGAGGGCAUCAACCACCGCUAUCCCAUACCGGUCCCUAAGGAGAUCGCCGAAUUCGGGUAUAGACGCGACUAUAUAUCGCAUCUCUACGGAGGAUGCCCCCAGGACGUGUAUCCUAGAGUGGACCCGGAUAAAGUCGAGUGGCACGGCAUCGACGAUUGGGCAUUCCUUCUCUGGAACGGAACCCUCACGCGCCGACGCGCCCAGGUUACUCAGGACUGUACUUCGCCACUUGCAAUGCAGCCACGGCGGAGGAGUGCAAUACCUUCAAGCAAGUGA